AUGCGUCGCUCGUUGUCGGCAGAUGAUUGGGUGGAAUUGGGACAAAGCGAUUUGAAGCAAAUCGGCGUUUCCUUUUCGAAGCAGUUAACCGCGGAAAUCUCCCACUGCUCGCAGCAGCUGUGGGAGCUGCAUGACACGUUAACCGCGGUAAUCGGGGAGUGCAUCGGGGUAAUGGUGGAAAUGAUGCAUCGGGAGCAUGACCGAAAUCUGCGCGAUUUCUACAGCCGUUUCAUUCUGUUGAAUCGUUUGAGUCUGCUGGAUUUGAGCGGCGAAACGCACGAUGUGUUGAAGGAACACAAAACACUCUUUGAAACUGUCCGAAAUAGUGCCUAUUUUAGCGACACCAUCGCGGAAAACGUGAUUCAUGACGAUAGUUUGGUCGUUUCUUCCCUCGAAGACGGCGUUUUGGCGUCAUGUCCCCUAUUGUUGAUUGACCGUUAUGGAAAAACGGACACUUCGGUUCAAAACUCACCCAAUAGCAACGGCACGCUCUCCCAAUGGACCUGUCCCAAUCGGAGAUGUGCCCAUAUUAAUCUGAGUAAUGUUCGCCGAUGUCCCUAUUGUUUAAUGGACCCAAACCCUCCUUCUCUCCACGCGUCUCCCGCGGAUAUGCAUCGCAUCAUUUCGCUGCUGAACUUGAAAUACCCCGCGCUGAAAGUCGUUGCGCUGCAAUCCUGCGCGAAUUCGAUGGAAAAAUCGCUCGUCGUGUUGGCCUCCAAAGUGGCUCAGGAAAUCAGCGGCCAUCUCCAGGCGCUGAAACUCCAGUCACGGCAGAAUCUGCGCCGAAUCUCCUUUUUGGGACAUUCGGUAGGGGCCCUAAUUCUCCGAUUGGCGUUUCGAAACCCCCUGCUGACCCCCUACACUCAAUUUUUCCACCUGUUUUUGUCACUGAACGCUCCGCAUUGCGGCGUUACAUUUUCGAAACGGUCGAUCGACUGGGGGUCCCGAUUUUUGGCAUUCGUGAAUUCGUCGCAAUUGGUGGACGAAUUGCUGCUGAAAGACGAUAAAAACCCGCGGAACACGCUUCUGUACCGAAUGUCCCAAAAUUCGGAUUUAUCGUCAUUCCAUUAUUUCUACCUAUUUUCGUCCUUCCAAGACACAUUCGUUCCGUUUCAUUCGGAACGAAUCGAAACGAAUCCCGCGAUUUUAUUGUCAGAAGGAGUGGAGGGCGAAGUGUACCAGGAAAUGAUUUCUUCGUUUUGGCGGCAAUUCCGAAGCGAAUUCUGUCAAACGAAAGUGAAAAAGUUCGACGUGUAUUAUGAUAAUUUGAACUUCUCGCUGGAUUCGCUGAUUGGAAAGACGGCGCACACGAAUAUUCUGAAGGACAUGCAGGUGAUUCAGAUGUUGCUGUACAAGACGGAGGAAUGUUUUGUUGAGGAGGAGUGA